AUGGAGUUGGGGAAAGUUCAUCUGAAUCUAAAGACAGUACUGCUGACGAUGAUGAUGUUCAAAUGGGGAAUACUCUGCACAGCCACUUCAGACAAAUGUUUGUCUGCACCAUGCCAGAAUGGAGCUACCUGUGUGGACACCAUGGACGAUUAUGCCUGUAUCUGUGCCAGAGAGCAAGUUCGAUACAUGGGCAAAAACUGUGACGAACUCUAUGACGCCUGCUCCUUUGCUCCAUGUGAAGACUGCACCACCACCCCUGGUACCACAGAAUACUACUGCAUCUGCCCAGAUGGACUAACAGGUGAUAACUGCACAGAGGAGGUGGAUGAGUGUCAAAGCAACCCAUGUUCCGAACCUCGCUCUCUGUGUGUAGACCAGCUAAACGGAUACUUCUGCAGAUGUGCUGCUGGGUACGGAGGAUGGGACUGCAGGACACAUGUGACUGACUGUAUUGAUGAACCCUGCAGGAACAAUGGGACUUGUGUUUUAAGACCAGAGGGCUUUGAAUGCCGGUGUGCACCAGGGUUUGAGGGAAAGACCUGUGAAGAAGAUGUGAAUGAGUGUUCAUCAGAGCCCUGUCAGAAUGGAGCUAUCUGCAUAGACGGAAUGGCAGAGUUCCACUGCUUCUGUGUGCCUGGUUUUCAAGGAUAUAACUGUGAGAUUGACAUUAACGAGUGUGCUUCACGACCCUGUGAGAACAACGCCACCUGCAUCAAUGAGAAGGACCACUAUGAGUGUGAGUGUUUGGUGGGCUUUGCAGGAGUAAACUGUGAGACUGAAAUAGAUGAGUGCGAGUCCAGCCCUUGCCUCAAUGGAGCCACCUGCCAUGACCUGAUCGGCAUGUACUCCUGUGUGUGCCUGCCCGGUUUCAAUGGCAUUGACUGUGAGGUUGAUGUUGAUGAGUGUGCCAGUAAGCCCUGUCAGAAUGGAGCUUUCUGUCAUGACAUGGUGAACAGCUAUGAAUGUGACUGUAGUGAUACAGGAUUCUGGGGUGACUACUGUGAGGUGGACAUCCCUGAGUGUGCCUCUGAUCCCUGUCACCACGGUGCCUCGUGUUUAGAGGGAAUCAAAGGUUACACUUGCUUUUGCUGGCCAGGUUAUGAAGGACCAAACUGUGAGACUGAUAUAGAUGAGUGUGCCGAGCAGCCCUGUGAGAACAGUGGGGAGUGUUUCGAGCGUUCAGAUCCAUCUCACUGGGUGCUUGACUGGGAGCUCAGCUUUGCAGAUGCAGCUGGAUAUAUCUGCCAGUGUAAGCCAGGGUUUGCAGGAGAGAACUGCUCUGUCAACAUAAAUGAGUGCGAGUCUGAACCCUGUCAGAAUGGAGGCACUUGUGAGGAUAAGAUCAAUGGCUAUAUCUGUAUAUGCUCCGUUGGAUUUCUAGGUGAACUGUGUGAAGUGAACAUUGAUGAAUGUGAGAGCCAGCCCUGUCAGAAUGGUGGCUGGUGUGAAGACGGCAGGGCAUCAUACACCUGCCACUGUCCUGACAUGGGGUUAAGUGAACUUCCUUGGGGAGGUGAUCACUGUGAUGUGGAACUCUAUGGCUGUGUGGACCAUGAAUGCCAGAAUGGAGCCACCUGUCAUGCAUGGCUAGAGAAUGGAGAACACGGUCACACAUGCUUGUGCCCUCAUGGCUUCUAUGAUGAGCAGUGCUCCACGAGAACAACAUUCUCCUUCUCCACUCCUGGAUUUAUUCACCUCCAGAUUGUUGUAGAAGAAAGGACUCGGAGGGAGGUUGAGCACCAUGUUCACCCAGGUUUUGGGGUACAGCUACGCUUUCGGACAACUAUACCCAAUAUGCUGCUUUUCUACAGAGGGGAUGUGGACAAUCACCUCAUUUUGGAAAUUGUGAACAGUGGUCUUCAUGCAAAUGCAUUUUCAGAGGAGUCUGAACUGGAAGUAACAUAUCCUGGUUUGGUUACUGAUGGAGAUUGGUGGAGUGCACACGUGUUUGUAGAUAAUGAAGGCCUGAUUUUGAUUGUAAAAGGCCCGGGCUGUGACAGGGAUGAAUGCAGAGUUACAGAUGGUGGUCCUGAUGAACCACCUUUCCAGCCCUCUGAAGCCUUCACUCAUAUUUAUAUAGGUGGAGCACCAGAGGAGCUUUUAGAGCACUCUAUAAGUGGCGCAGGCUACAUUGGGUGUAUAGAAGACCUGAUGAUUGACUCUAAGCCUAUUCUACCUCAAACACUCCCAGAGGACCAUGGACAUGAGCUGGGAUGCAUUAAGACCGAAUGGUGUAAGCCUGACCCCUGCAAUGGACAUGGACAUUGUGUGGACCUGUGGACCAGCUAUCAGUGCAACUGCUACCGCCCCUUCUAUAGUGAAAGCUGCUCUGAAGAAUUCCCUUCAUGGACAUACAGGCAUGAGGACACAAUGAGUUUUAGUGCAUAUGAUGUAGGUAAAAGCCACAGCAGCAACUUCAAUGUGUCCUUCUUCUUGAGGUCACUGAAGCCAGACGGGCUGCUAUUUCAGCUGAGAAGACCUACAGAGGAAGAGGGAGGAGAGGUCUACUUCACCAUCUACCUGGGGAUGGGGAGGGUUUUUGUCAGCUCUCUGCCCAACAGUACCCCACUGACAGCUCCGAUAUUUGUGACUACUGGCGAGAAGCAGCUUCUUCAAGUGGAGGUCCAAAACAGACAGGUGAUCUUUGAGCAUGCAGGCCUUCGCUAUGGAAUAGGAAAGAUCCCUGAAGUGAAUGUUUACAGUGGGGAUCAGGCUUAUGUUGGAGGACUUCCAAGAAACUGGGACUCUGAUGUGUGGGGGGGGCAUUUCAAAGGUUGUCUGCAGGACCUUCGUUUAGAUUCAGUGCAUCUAGAUGUGGAUACCUGGAACAGGUUGGAUAAGGAGGAAAUGUAUUUACCAAAUGAUGUUGCACAUGUCAAGAAAGGCUGCAUCAGUGAUGAUACCUGCAAGAUGAUGCCGUGUCAAAAUGGAGGAGAAUGCACCAUCACAUUCAACGAUUUUACAUGUUCUUGCCCAGAGGAAUACACUGGAAAGACCUGUCAAACACGUGUAUGGUGUGUUAGUGAUCCUUGUGUCAAUGGUGGCCAUUGUGUGGACCUUCCUGAUGGAUAUGAAUGUGUGUACAAUGCCACCUUUGAGAACAACCCUGUGCACUACAGUGCUGGAGGCUCCCUGGCUGAACCUGUCUCUAGCAUAUACAUGGAGCUGCGCACUCGUUCAGAGAAUGCUGUGAUCCUGAGGGCCUCAAGAGGCUCUGACCUGCUGAUGGUGGGUCUACUGGACUCCUCAGUGCAGGUGGAGAUCCACAUUGGCAACAGUGUUGAGGCACUGACCUUUACAGGAAUUCGUCGGGUGGCUGAUGGGAACUGGCAUCGUGUAAACAUCUCAAUGGCUGAGAAGGAGCGCAAAGCCUCUCCAUGGGUUAUCACUGUGGAUGGAAUCACAGAUGCCAGCAGCUUGCCAGAGCUAACAACAAGCCUUCACUUUCUAAAUGAAAAGGGGGCUGUGUUGGCUAUCGCAGAGAGCUUCACUGGCUGCUUGGGUGCAGUGAGAGUCGGCAAAGUCUAUCUUCCUUUUGUAGAUGACUAUAAAGCCCCACAGCCAUCUCAGUUCCACUUAGUUGGAAAACCAAAAAUUCACCUGGGUUGUACCAGCGCCCCUGUUUGUAAUUCAGAUCCUUGUCUAAAUGGAGCCACUUGUGAAGACCUCUUUAAUAAAUUCAUUUGUGUCUGUGACAUUGGUUGGGAAGGAGAACUGUGUGAGACAGACACUGAUGACUGUGUGUCUCAGUCCUGUGUUCAUGGAAGUUGUCAGGAUUAUCUAGCUGGUUUUGAGUGCCAUUGUCAUCCUGGAUAUUCUGGCACACUCUGUGAUGACGAUCUUGAUGAGUGUGAGCAUCAUGCCUGUGAACAUGGAGGCACCUGCCAAGAUGGACCCAACAUGUACACCUGUAUGUGUCCCAAGGGCUAUAUUGGCCCUCUCUGCCAGUGGGACUAUCCUCCUGUACAGUGCGGUGAAGAUGUCCAGUGUGAAAAUGAUGGUAUCUGCAAUGAUGGGCUGUGGGGAGCUAACUGUACAUGUGUACCAGGAUUUACAGGCAGCAGGUGUGAAUUGGAGAUAGAUGAGUGUGAGUCCAACCCCUGUCGAAAUGGUGGUUCCUGUUUGGAUCGAUUCAACAUGUUUGUUUGUGAAUGCCCACCUGGCUACAGUGGUCCAAUCUGUGACACUAACAAACAAGCCCAGAAACAAGGAAUCCCCUGGCUGGUGGUAGCCAUCCCGCUCCUCUGCUUAUGUGUGUUGAUACUGAUCAUCAGCUUGACCUUCAUGGUGCUCAUGGCAAGGAAGAAACGCCAGUCAGAGGGCGCAUACAGCCCAAGUGCUCAGGAGGUGGCUGGAGCUCGGCUGGAGAUGGACAGCAUGCUCAAGGUCCCACCUGAGGAAAGACUCAUCUAA